AUGGCUGUUAUCAAAAAACAGAAAAUAGAAAAUGUUGGUGAGACUGUGAUGAAAUUGGAAGCUUUGUACAUUGCUGCGUCGUGGUACCGUCUGCUGACCCAUAUCAGAGGAAAUUAUGGAAGGCGUACUCAGGGGACAGUACCUUUUCCUUCCCUAACCCCAACCCCCGGGCCAGGCUCUCCUACCCACAAUGCCGUUGGUUCUGGUGUAACACAAAGUUGUGCAACCUCCUCCCCACCCGACUCCAGAACGGUUCAUCUCCCCGACGAGAAGCCCGUCCCCGCGAGCCGUCGCCCGGUCGUCUCGGGGCUCGACGCCCGGCUUUGGUUCCCUCACUGCGGCCACUCCGAGAAGGCCAUCAGCAUAUGGGAGACAGAGAACUUCUUCUUUGACCUCGAGCCGCUGCCGGGGGCUGUGGAAGCUGUGAAGCAGAUGGCCAACUUGGAGAGCACCGACGUCUUCAUCUGCACAAGCCCCAUCAAGAUGUACAAGUACUGUCCCUUCGAGAAGUACGCCUGGGUGGAGAAGCACUUCGGCCCUGACUUUUUGGAACAGAUUGUGCUGACCAGAGACAAGACCGUGGUCUCGGCCGACCUCCUCAUAGACGACCGGGUGGACAUAACAGGGGCCGAGCCGAACCCCAGCUGGGAGCACGUGGUCUUCACAGCCUGUCACAACCGGCACACGCAGCUGCAGCCCCCCAGCCGCAGGCUACACUCGUGGGCGGACGACUGGAAGGCCAUUCUGGACAGCAAGCGGCCCCGCUGAGCUCCCACUCGGAGCCCCGGCCCCUGGCCUGAGCCUCAGCGCCCACUGCAUGUCUCCCAGUCUCCAGCCCCACCAGGCCUUAAACUGAUCUCGGGGCAGGGCCAGCCCAGGGCCCUGGAUGGGACUCGUGCGGCCCGGCAGUGCAGGCCGACCUCAGGCCCGGGCAGGCUGCCGCCACCGCGGACUCCAGACUGGGGAGGAGCCAGGGCGUUGUUCGGGGGGCGGCCAUCCUCCCCCUCCCUCAGGGAAGUCCCCCUCCUCCCUGCUUGAGCCGUCAGCGAGGGGUCCCCGAUGGCUGAGCUGCACCUGGCCUGCGAGGCUGGGCGACACAGGAGCCUGUGGGGACGAGAGGUCACCUUGUCAGCCCCAGCCCUGCCGCCCGCCCACCCAGUGCAGUGCGGUGUCCCACAGGGAACUCCAUGCGAGUCCCAGGUCACCCCAGGCUCUGUGCUGGGGCCGCCGCCCACCCAAGGCCCAGAAGGGUCAGCAGGCCAGGAUGUCUGCUGCAGGCAUGAACAAUAAAUGCUGCUCGCGUGCUGCCCGA